AUGUCAUCCCCAAUGAUGAACAGUACUGACGGCCGAAUUCCCGUCCAACAAGACGACAUGGAUCGAGUCGAUAUGUCGUUUCAACAACAAGCUCAAAGACUAGCGGAAUUAGAGAACGCGGUCGGUCAACAGACACAUCAACACGAGCGAAUUACCAACGAAUUGGAUGAUCCCGAGAUCACCAAUGAACCCAUGGAUCUAGCAGUUGUAGAUAUCCCACCUGAAGACAAUCCCGUGUCUUCAGUAGAAUCGGCCUACAACAUCAUGGGAAAACUCGAACCGGAUCCUCGAAAGGAGUUAAGUGAAUACGCCAAGACUUAUAUUCGCGAUGAAAUUCAAGAAAGAAGUUGGGAUGAAUCUGUCACCGAGCUAAGAAAAUGGCAUAAAGAAUACAAACAAGUCAUAGUAGACACCACAGAAUUAGGUGAUAAAAGAUACCGUAUUGCAAAAGAGGCUGAAUGGACCUUCAUGAAGCUGGCGAAUCGCGAUCAUUACAAUCAUGCUAAUACUACCAAAUCUAUGGAACACGAAACAGAAUAUAACUUAACACAGAAGAAAAAAUUAUAUAACUUAAACGAAUAUCGAGAAAGAAUCCUACAAGCUCUAGAUAAAAUGCAGUCCUCUCUCUCGAAUCCGAUAGAUGUUCAAAACGACAAGGAAGUUUUUGAAGAGAAAUAUCAAAAAUGGAAGAAACAUCUUUUAGAAAAAUACGCCAACAAACCCAGGUGUUGUGAGUCUUGUCGACUAUUUGGGUGUGAAGAUAGUCCAGAACCAGAAACUAACAUAGCUGAACGUGCGAAACCAGCUCCAAAGGAACCAACAGAAGUCUUAAUUCUCCCAUCGCAUGAUCCUAACGGAAAGAAUGCUUUAUAUUUCACGGAUCUUGAACACACCUUAAAUGAGGAGGAUCAAGAUGCCCACAUACUAGUAUCUCCCCGGAUAAAGAAUUAG